AUGCGUGUGUGCUCCUGGGAGGCGUUUGCUGAGACGGGUGUGGUCUUGCUAGCCGUCCUCAUGCUGAUGAUGUCCAUGGGACGCCUCACCACCACAGCUAAUACGCCACUGCAGGAGGAAGGCAGCGUGGCCUCCAACAGUCUGGAGGAACUCCAGGUGAUGGCGUUCUGGUGGGGCGAGUGGGCCAAGUGGACAGCAUGCACACGCACUUGCGGUGGAGGUGUAAAGUCACAAGAGAGACACUGCCUAAAGCAGAGAAAGAAAAUUGCUGCUUUCAAGGACAAUAUGACGUGUUCGGGAACCUCCAAAAGAUACCACCUAUGCAAUGCACAAGACUGUCCAGCCAGUGGUCGAAGCUUCCGGGAGGAGCAGUGCUGGUCUUUCAACUCGCAACUUUACAAUGGCCACAGCUACCAGUGGAAACCUCUGUAUCCGGACGACUAUGUGCACAUCUCCAGUAACCCUUGUGACCUCCAUUGCACUACCGCUGAUGGCCAGCGGCAGCUGAUGGUGGCGGCUCGCGAUGGCACGUCCUGCAAGUACAGCAGCUACCGUGGUGUCUGCGUGGACGGUAAGUGUGAGCCAAUAGGAUGUGAUGGCGUUCUCUUCUCAUCGAACACACUGGACAAAUGCGGAGUCUGCCAGGGCGACGGCAGCAGCUGCAGCAGAGUGACUGGAAACUUCCGCCGAGGGGCCACUACGCUUGGCUACGCCUUCAUCACGCAAAUCCCUGAAGGAUCAUGGGACAUCCAGGUCAUUGAGAGGAAAAAGUCAGCUGAUGUUCUCGCCGUAACUGACCAGGCGGGAAACUUCUUUUUCAACGGCGCCUACAAGGUGGACAGCCCUCAGAACUUCCACGUGGCGGGCACCGUCUUCAAGUACCGCCGCCCCAUGGAUGUCUACGAGACGGGCAUUGAGUACAUCGUUGCUAAAGGGCCACUGGACCAGCCUGUCAACAUCCUGGUGUUGAAUCAGAAUGGUCGCACACCAUACAUCACAUAUGAGUACACGGUUCUGAGAGACUCCCUACCGCCUGUGCCGCCGCCUCCUGUCUACACGGGCGCCGACAGCUCAGUGGAGGCCGGGCCACUGCCCGCGCCCAAUGCUAGCCGCUACCAGCAGAAUCCUAUAGGGGGGCCUAUGGAGGGGCCGGGGGAUGCCGUUCAGCAGGAGACCAACGAGGUCUACGAGGAGACUGCACACAUACACUGUGAUACGAACACACACUACACAGGUAAGCUAGAGGGCAACAGUAGCCAUACAGUAAGCACGGUUAACCCAAUCCCCGCCGGCAUGCCCUUGGACCCUGAGGCAGAUGCCCCCAACCUCAUUUGGAGGGUUUUACUGGAAGGACGCGUGGGCACAGAUGAGCUGCUCAUCAACAUUUCAACCAAUCAACUCCUGGAGAUGGAAGAAGACAGUUUAUUUUUGGCAGAGGAGGAACCUGGCGGCCCUGAGGCCGACCGACCCCCCGGACUUAACCAGACCCUGGAGUUUACGCUUGGACGCAAACGAAACAGCAGCAGCGCAGACGUUUUCUACCACAACAAGACGCUGUAUGCAACAGGCAGGGCAAGCAACCGCUCGAACAAAACCAGAGGGGGUUCAAGGCUCUACCAGAAAAACCUGAAGUUGAGUCCAGCCGACAUGUACCGCUGGAAGCUUUCCUCGCAGGAACCCUGCAGCAUGACCUGUUCCAUUGGCGUGUCCAAAUCCUUUGUCACAUGCAUCCGCUAUGAUGGCGUGGAAGUGCACGAUAUGUACUGCGAUGCUUUGACCCGACCGGAACCAGUUCAUGACUUCUGCAUCGGACGGGAGUGUCAGCCCAGGUGGGAGGCCAGCAGCUGGAGUGAAUGCUCCCAGACCUGUGGCGAGGGUUUCCAGUUCCGGCAGGUCCGAUGCUGGAAGAUGCUCUCGCCUGGCCUAGAUAGCUCUGUCUACAGUGACCUGUGCACCAUGGCUGACCUGGAGAGACCAAUGGAGAGGCGGGCCUGCAAAAGCCCCGCAUGCGGUCCCCAGUGGGAGGUGGCUGAGUGGACAGAGUGUACUGCUAAGUGCGGCCGAAGAGAUCAGGUGACCCGUGACGUCCGCUGCUCUGACGAAAGUCGCCCAUGUGAUCCCAUGACCGAACCGGCCGGUGUCAAGAACUGCACAGGCCCGCCUUGUGAACGCCAUUGGACCGUGUCCGAGUGGGGGCCUUGCUCGGGCCCAUGCCCACAUGGGAGGAUGGUGCGUCAUGUGUACUGCAAAGCUCCGGAGGGCCGCGUGGUGGCUGAGGACCAAUGCCCCGAGGAAGAAAAGCCGCUCUCUGUACAGCCUUGUGGGGAGAGGGACUGCCCUGCCCACUGGCUGAGUCAAGACUGGGAAAAGUGCAACACCACAUGCGGCCGCGGCAUCAAGCGAAGGUUUGUCCAGUGCGUGGGCAUCAGUGGUGGCAAGUUCCUGAUUUUAGACGAAGAAGCAUGCAGUGCUGAUGAGAGGCCUGAAGACGAGAGCACCUGUUUCGAGCGGCCGUGCUUUAAGUGGUACACAACACCGUGGUCCGAGUGCACCAAGACUUGUGGCGUAGGCGUGAGGAUGCGCGAUGUCAAGUGCUACCAGGACCGCGAGCUGGUGAGAGGCUGUGACCCUCUCACCAAGCCCGUGUCCAAGCAGACAUGCAGUCUACAGCCAUGUCCCACUGAGCCACCAGAUGAGAGCUGCCAAGACCGGCCCACCACCAACUGUCUCCUUGCUCUUAAAGUCAACCUGUGCAGUCACUGGUACUACAGCAAGGCCUGCUGCCACUCCUGCCGGGCUGUGCGAGCCACCGCAUCCUAA